GUACAAUUUGACACUGACAGACUGACAAUCGAUCGUAACUGUCAGUUUAGUAUUUGCCGAUGCCGCCUGCCGCUCCAUUUUGCCGCUUAUUUUACUAAAAACUGUAGUUAUUAUUUUAAAACUACAGCGGUGUCGUGUUUGUGUCUAGAUUAGUCUACAUACGUAAAAUUUAUACGCCUAAAACAGUAAAUAUGGAUAUUGAAACCAAAGUCAAAGGAGACAUGAAGGCGCUAGGCUGCAAGUCUGAUCUUAAAGUAUCUUUAGCCUACAAUCUUUACAUACACUUAGUAGACCAAAAACUGAUGUAUGACACGGAGUAUUGUUACAACAAGGACAUAGAUACUCUUUACAUCGUCGCACGGCCAAGACGUAACGAGAAACCAAACAUAUAUGUGCCGAUACCAACGCACGACGAGAUCACCGUGGAUUUCAUUAACAAAAUACAGGAGAAUCUGUGUACAGUUGAGACUGGGCCAUCAGUGAACCUAGCGUUCGUUGAGGGUGACCUAACUAUUGUUAUCUACACAUUCACUAAAGGUCUAGUGGAGCGGCCGCCGCCGGACAAAGUUGCCCAGCUACGGGUUAGGGAUGGAAGGAGGAACUUCAUUGAUAACGAACUGAAGAAGAACAGAAGCAAAAUUGUAAAUGAUGCAAUUAACGGAGGAGUUGUGGACGAUGAUGACUGUCAGGUAUUGGAAUGAAGGAGCUAUUAUAAGUUAUUAGGGAUUUUAUUGACAAGAAGGACUAUAGUCCUUUGCUAUUUGAUAUGUUCAAUACUUACAUUAUUGUAACGUGUUGAACACCAAUGUCAGUGUUACAUAUUUACCAAUCUGUUCACAUUCAUUCAUUGAGAAAUGGUGUGUUCUAUUUGGUGAAUAUCUGAAGUUUUAGUUGUAAAUAUUAGUGUAAG